AUGGGAAUCGAAGAUCAGCAAGAAGAAAGGGAGACGCUCAGGUCUAUUUUUCCAGACGAAAUCACAGAUAUAUCUGAUACCACAUAUCGAAUAUCAAUAACAUUGGAUGUUACCCCCCAGGGAGACGAUGAUCAAGAGCCUCCCACCCUCAUCCUUCAAGUUUCAUACCCGCCACAAUAUCCAGACGUUGCUCCAGAUCUCGAACUCUCCACGCCGCCUAAUGCACCCAAACACACCCACUUUGAUAUACAAGAAGACCGUGACCGGCUCCUGGAGUCGCUGCAGUCCACCAUUGAGGAAAACAUGGGAAUGGCGAUGAUAUUUACUAUUGUUGAUACGUUAAAGGAGGGUGCCGAGCUUCUUAUAUCCGAACGACAAGCAGCCGUCCAAGCAUUGAAGGAAAUGGAGUCUGCCAAGGCAGAAGAAGAAGAGAAUCGUAAAUUUCAUGGCGCGGCUGUGACGCGGGAGUCAUUUCUGGAGUGGAGAGCUAGAUUCCAGAACGAGAUGGAAGAACUAGAACGAAGGAAGCAGGAAGAAAAGGAAGCAGAUGACAAGAAGAGGAAGGUUACUAGCAAGGAGGAGAAAAAACUUACUGGGAAGGAAUUGUGGGAGAAAGGCCUAGCUGGUAAGGUGGAUUAUGAUGAGGACUAUGUUGAUUCUAUACCAGCCAGUAUGGAAAAACUGGAAUUGGUAUCGUAA